AUGUCAAUUUAAGAGUUUAAAUCAAAUUCAAAGACAAUAACUGUUAGAGAUAAGAAAAAAAGCGAUUCUUUUAUUGAUAUUGAAUCUCAAUAAAAGGAGAUAGUUAAAGAAAUUUAGGAGUAUGAUGAAAAUUUUUAUAAGGAAUUGCUAGAAAAUUUAGAUGAUAAGAUUCCAAAGAUUAAUUGUGAUAAAGGAUUUUAGCAUGGUAUAGUCAACAGAGUAUGCACAAUUAAAACUUGCAACAAAAAAUUACUUUGCGAUGAGUGCCUAGAAACUGAUCAUGCUCCAAUUAAAAAGUAUGCUAAGAAGUUUUCUGAAUUUUUCAAAUUGAAAAAAGAAAAGAAAGUGAUUAAAGAAAAGUCAGUAUUGGACAUUGAGUUUUUCCUUCAGGAGAAAUAAUAAUUUAUGAAAAAGUUAGAUUUUGCAUUCAAUAUGGCAACUUAAACUGUUGAAAAAGAGUUUAGUAUACUUUAAGACAAUUUAAUUAACCUGAUUAAUGAAACUAAGAAAGAAGUUCUUGCUUUUAAAUAGAAAAAUUACAAUUUAUGCAAAGAAAUUUUAGACUCUCUUUAGCCACAACUAGAUGAUAUUUAUUUUGAUAUUGAAAAAGAGAUGGUAAACGUAGUAAAAGUAAAAGAUUUCGAUGAAAUGAAUGUAAUUAUUAAAAAAGUAGUUGAUUUUCCAGAUAAAUAAAAAAUUGAGCAACUUACAAAUGACUUUCGUCUUAUUUCUUUCUACAUUAAAGAGUUUGAAAGUGAAACUAGCUUACUAAUAUUAAAAUAAAUAUCACCAAAAAUAGAAACAUUCAUGAGCGAACAACUUGUAAAAGUCUCAAACGAAUCAGAAGCAAAGAGAGUUUUAGUUGAGGAAAAUGGAGCCGAAGAUUACAAUAGGGUUUCUAUUUGGAAUUCUAAAAGUGUUGUUAAUUACAGGAGUAUAUAAAGAAUUGAUUAAGAUCCUAUUCUGUGUGCUUGCGAAGUUGAUUCUUAAACAAUAGCAUUUGGUACAGGAUCUCCAGGAAAUAAUGUUCUCAUUUUUGAUAGAGCUACAAACCAAUUUAUUGAUGAAUUUUAGGCUCAUGAGGGCUCUGUAAUGUCAAUUAUACACUAUCACGAUAGUAUUAUUAUAACAGGAGGUAGUGAUGGUGUAGUAAAGUUUUGGGAUAUCAGCGACUCAGAGAACUUUAAGACUUUCUAAGCCCAUAAUGAAAUAUUGAUGUGUGUAUGCAAGAUUUCAAAUAAAUUAUUUGCUACGUGUUCAUUUGAUAAUACAAUUAAGGUUUGGCACUACGAAUCUGCCUCUCAGUCACCUGAUGGAACGCUUGUGGGUCAUACGGACGGUGUAUUUUAUAUAACUCUGCUGAGCGAAUAAGACAACCUCUUAAUGAGCUCAUCAGCAGAUUACAAUAUAAAAAUUUGGAACUUAAAUCGCUUGGAAUGCUAUGGUACUUUAAAGGGGCAUAAUAACUAAGUAAAUACACUGGAAAAAUACAAAGAAGAUUAUAUAUUAAGUGCUGGUGAUGAUUGUAUAAUAAUUAUGUGGAAUUGGAAGACAUUUGAUAAAGUAUUUAAAAUGGAUAUAGUGCCUUUCUCUAUAUGGAGUAUUAAGUUAAUGAACGACAACAAUUCUUUAAUUGUAUGUGGAGAAGAUUUAAGCAUUUUUAUAGUAAAUUUAGACACAAACACAGCUUCCACAAAGCUUUUUGGUCAUAAAAGCUUUCCACGUUCGAUUUUAUAGCUUAAAUCUGGUACUUUAAUAACAUUUGGGUAUGAUUGUUCAAUAAAGUUUUGGAGGUCAAAAAACACCUAUGAAUGA